AUGACCGAUCGUAAACAAGGCAUGGUUCAAGCUUAUGGUUAUCCUAGCAGCAACCCAGGCCCUGGACAAAUAGUGUCUCGCGCUGUUGCAGCAGCAGCAGCUAAUAAUCAUCAUUCUAGCAGAAGUAGAUCUGGUCGAACUUCCAAAAGAUAUUCAGUAUCUGCUUUCUAUUCAAUGGCAGCAGAACAAGAUAAUGAAGUGGAAGAUGAAUUAGCACAAGCUCAAAGAAGCCUUAGAGAUUUAAAAUCAAGAAUUUCAGCACAAUCGAAGAAAAACUUUGUAUUAGAACGAGAUGUACGAUAUCUGGAUUCUCGAAUCGCCUUAUUGAUCCAAAAUCGAAUAGCUUUAGAUGAGCUCAACAAUCUCAACUUUGCUAUCAUAACAACACAGCAACAUGAAAUGGCUUCUCAUUUAGAAGAGCAUGGUGUAGAGAAUGGAGAUUCAUUUCCCGAUGAUCGUAAAAUGCAGCUGUAUGGCAACUUUUUCUUUAUCUUGCAAAGUGAACCAAGGCAUAUAGCUACUCUAUGUAGAUUGGUGAGCCUGGCAGAAAUAGAUACCUUAUUACAAACUGUCAUGUUUACACUUUACGGAAAUCAAUACGAAAGUAGAGAAGAGCAUUUAUUGCUUACCAUGUUUCAAAACGUUUUAGCAGCACAAUUCGAGACCUCAACGGAAUUUGGCUCUUUAUUACGGGCAAAUACCCCAGUAUCUCGAAUGAUGACAACUUAUACACGCCGAGGACCUGGUCAAUCCUACUUAAAAUCAAUUUUGUCACAAAAAAUUAAAGAUAUCGCCAACGACCAAAAUUUAAACUUAGAAAUCAACCCUUUAAAGGUAUACGAGGAGAUGGUUCAAAAAAUAGAGGAAAAAAAUGGACAAUUACCGGACGAACUGCCUCGAAGCGUCACACCCGAGGUCGCAGAGAGCAACGAAGAUGUGCAAAGAAUUAUCAAGCCCCGGCAAGAGCGAUUAAUGGAUAUAGCUGAAGACUUCUUAAGCACCAUUUUAUCAUCAACAGCAUCUGUACCUUAUGGUAUUCGUUGGAUAUGUAAACAAAUUAGAUCGUUAACGAAGCGUAAAAACCCUGAUGCAUCUGAAUAUUCUGUUUGCUCGAUGAUCGGCGGGUUUUUCUUUCUCAGAUUCAUUAAUCCAGCUAUUGUUACGCCGCGAGCAUAUAUGCUUCUAGAUACUGCACCAGGCAAUGGGCCAAGAAGAGUUUUAACCCUGAUCGCAAAAAUGCUACAGAAUUUGGCUAAUCGACCUUCUUAUGCUAAAGAAACAUAUAUGUUGCCUACCAAUCCAUUCGUAGAAAAAAACAAACAGAGGAUCAACAGAUUUUUGAAUGAACUAUGUGAAGUGGGCGAUUUCUAUGAAACUCUAGAAAUGGAUCAGUAUAUGGCACUCUCAAAAAAAGAUAUACAAAUUAGCAUUACAUUGAACGAGAUCUACAGUACGCACAUGCUGUUCCAGCGACACUUAGAUAUUAUUGCUCCAAAAGAAAAAGACCAUCUGCGGAUCUUGAUCAAUGAUUUGUCGCCUGUACCUACGCAAGUGUCGCGAAAAGAGAAUAAAACAAUUGAUUUACCACUGUUUAGUCGAUGGGAGAUCCCAAUUCAAGAUCUCACUACGGCACUCAUGUCAGAAAACAACAUAACUCAAAAUGAUAUUCUUUACAUGGAGACAAAAGCCAUAUAUGUUCAACUGAUUCGUUCAUUACCGCAGCUCAUUUCGGGCCCGUUAGAUUUGGAUUAUAUUGCAGAAAACGCGGCUACCACAAAAGACGCACAACUCGUACGAAAGGGUAUUAAAGUAAAAGAUAUGCUUAGAGAAUUAGAAGACGCGGGCGUCAUUGAUCAUAGAGACCACUACAAACUACUUGUUGAAGAAAUUACCCAAGAAUUAGCUCACCUUGGCAAUUUGAAAGAAAAAGUACUUCAAGAAAUCAGCUCUUUGGAAAUUGUUUAUAAAACCAUCUUAGAUCACAAUAAUUACUUAAGAAGUCAAUUAGAAAGUUACAAAGCCUAUCUACAGAACGUGAGAAUGCAGAGUGGAGGAGAAAAGGGGUCCAAAAAUUCUGUGGGUAUUGGCGUUGAAAUUGAAGGAGGUGGCAAACCUCGAAAGGCAGUGAAAGGCUCGCCGAAAGGGCCCUUCAAAUUUUCACAUAAUAAUUUAGAAAAGGACGGGGUAAUAUCAGAGAGUACUGUGCCUGAAAAUAGACGACCCAAUAUAUAUUUCGCCAUCACAUCACCGUUACCCGGAACAUUCAUUAUUGCUAUGCACUUUAAAGGAAGAGAUAAAGCGAUAUUGGAGAUGGACCUAAAACUAGACGAUCUUUUGGAAAAGCAACAAGAUAAUGUGGAGUUUCUGGAUCUCGAAUACGUGCGUUUGAAUGUUACAAAAUCGCUCGCACUCCUGAAUAAAACAUUUGUUACCCGCCAUAAAUAA